AUGUGUUUCACCUUAAUUUAUAAGGUGCACGAAGAAUGGCUAGACAAUGUGUGCAAAGGGAUAAUCCAUGAUCGGAAAUAUGAUAGUGAUGCUACAAUGUAUGAACGGAAACUACAGCUUCAGCCAUCACAAACAAGGUUGCCCAAACAUUGGAAAAAAAUAUGUAUUAAAGUUGUUGCAAAGCCGGAAAACAUCGCUGACCCCUGUCAAGUCAAUCUUCCUGUUUCGGCAAUGGUAUUAAACAACUUUGAGCCGCUACCAGGAAACGCAAACUAUGCACAGGUUAUGAGUUAUAUCAACAAAGCCACUCAUUUACUGGCAUGUCUCUAUUUUCAAGACUUCUGCAAAAAUAUCUCGUUUGAAGCUGUAUCACCAUGCACUUAUAUCAAAAUUCCUUUAAAGGAGCUAAUACAAAGUAUCUUAUCUGGAUUAUAUGGUAUACAACUUGUUCGCGCAACUACAGGAAAUUCUGGAGAUACUCCAGCAGCACCAGUUGUCGACGGAGCUAGACGAGAUAGUCAGACUCUUGUUCCUACUGUCAACAUAACGGUCGAUAAGAGUGAAGCUGAAUCAGAUAGCGAGUCAAGCUGGCAUCAAAGUAAAAUACAUCAGCAAGAAAGAGAUGAUGUCCGUACCAACCUAUUUCAAAGACUGAAGCAUUCUUUUCAACAACAUAUUCACCAACAAGAACAUAUACAACAAAUACAGCAUGUAAUCCAUUCUAGUCUAAAUAAUACUCAAAAUGCAAAUCUACUGCCUAUUAUCUGUGCUUUAGAAACAGAAAAAGCAUUUUAUUUUAUACAACCAUAUGCCUCAUAUACAUUACGAGAUGUAGUAAUGUAUAGUCCUGCUAUGCUAACGUCUUCUCUUUCUAAGCCGUUAUUUAUUGUUUAUCAAAUAUUAAAUGCACUUCAUGCGUAUCAUUGUUGCGGCAUUGGUGUCGGUCAAUUUUCACUAGAAGAUGUUUUAAUCGAUGAAAAUUAUUGGGUUCGAUUAUCGGGUCUUCAAUUUCGAUGUGAGGUUAUCCCUAGUAAAGAAGACAAAAAGGCUGCAAAUACUCUUAAUGCAACCAGUAUUGAUGAAAAACGUGAAAAGGACGAUAAUAUGGAAACUGCAGAUGAUCUAUAUGCGCUUGCUAAUCGUCUGGUUGGAAAUCCUACCCCAGCAAAAGUGCAAGUUUCGGGACCAACUCCUCCGCCUAGCGCACGCCUUCCGAUUGGUGGAAAUGCUAUCCCUUCGAAAGAUAAAUUAACUAUGCGAAGAGGAUCAGCUUUCGUCACAAGUAUGACACUCUCGAAUAAGAAUUUAGCUGUUAAUAAUCAACACGCUUUAGAAAAUGCGAAGCAAACACUUUUAAAUUUUUCUGAGAAGCUUGGAAAUAAGAAGCCAUCAAUUACAUCAUUGAAAUAUCAGCAUCGUCUUCUAAACAAAUUAUCCGAUAUGAUGUGCGAUCUACCGCAAUUGGUGACCAAUUGGACUAACAACAAGAUUAGCAAUUUUGACUAUUUAAUGGCAUUGAAUCGAUUGGCCGGUCGUAGAUUUGGUGAUCCCAAUAAUCAUCCUAUUCUUCCCUGGGUAGUCGAUUUUAGCCGUUCUGAUAGCUCUUGGCGCGACCUUAAAAAGUCUAAAUUUCGCUUGAAUAAAGGAGAUCGACAAUUGGAUGCGACAUACGAAUCCUCGGGAAGGAAUAACUCAAAUGACAGUGGAAUACACGUACGUCAUCAUGUCUCUGAUGGUUUGUCAGAGAUUACUUACCAUGUUUAUUUAGCACGUCGAAUGCGGCGUGCUGUUCUAUGCCAGUAUGUUCGUUCAGAAUGGGUACCCGCAGAAUACCCCUCAACGAUACAAAAAUUACAAGAAUGGACUCCUGACGAAUGCAUACCUGAAUUCUUUACUGAUCCUUCAAUCUUCACAUCGAUUCAUACCGAUAUGCCUGAUUUACAAGUAAACCCUUGGGCUUCUAGUCCGGAAGAUUUCGUGCGUCGACAUAAACAUUUAUUAGACGGAGAACACGUUAGUAAAAGACUUCAUCAUUGGAUUGACCUUAUAUUUGGAUAUAAAUUAAGUGGUAAAGCUGCUGUUAAAGCUAAAAAUGUGCACUUGCAUCUUGCUGAUAAUCAUGAAAAACCGAUGAAUUAUGGUACUGUUCAAUUGUUUACUGAACCACAUCCUAAAUGGAAAUCACCCAAUAGUAUCGCAUCAGCUGCUAAUGUUUUACUGCGUAAUAAAAAUCAAUCUAAGGCUUCGUCACAAUCUGAAGCUAACGAAUCAUCACAAGAUGGAGUUGGACGUUAUUCUUCAAAGCAGGACUCUAUCGAUUUAACAAAUGAUGACGUCCUAGAAAUUUCAAUAGAUAGCACUAACGCUCCAGAACAUUUACUAGCUCAUACUGCAGAUCAAGAAUCUAGCCCAAGUAUGAGUUUAAAGAGUCAACUAAGAUCUCCCCUAUCACUUUUUAGGCAACAACGUAAUGAUAGUGACUCUAAGGUUCAGAAUAAAUUGAAGGUUGGCCAGAUCCUUUUACCCGAUGGAUUUGAACCAUUAGAGAUAUUAGAUAACUAUGAAUCUUUGGCUCACUUUAAGAAGAAAUGUUUAGCGCAGUCCCUUAAGUUAGGCCAUGAAGAAAUGUCAAGAACGAAUAACGUAACGGAUUCUAAUAGUACAACGCAAGAUUCCAAGCAACUCAAAGAAAAAGAAAAAGAAAAAGAUAAAGAUAAAGAUAAAGAUAAGGACAAAGAGAAAGAUACUAAAGGAAAAAAGAAAGAAGAGGAAUCCUCGAAUAUAACUAAGUCUGGAGCCGUGUCAUUGGACCAUCUCAUAACAGAAGAUAUGAAGUCACUAGGUUUCUUGUUGGGAGAGAUGCUCUUUUCUGACAAAUUACGCAUGCUAUCGCCAACAUUAGACGUAAAAGAAAGGAGAGAGAUCUGCAAAGCAAUCUGUAAAAGUAGCAGUAAUUCGAUUACUAAUUUGCCUCGUUCAUUAUGUAAAGUCAUUCACGAAUUAAUGACGCUAGGCGAAGAUACUGAAAAUUCGAGUGAAUCAUCAUUAAAAUUAUUUAGCGAUGAUGGAUUGCCCAUUGUAACACCGGCAUUGAUGAUAAGUUCCUGUACAUCAAAAUUUUCAUUUCCAGAUUACUUUAAAGAUCUUUAUGCCUUUAUCUGUGAACUCCAGACUAUAAAUAAUCGUCCAGAUACGAGUCAAGGAAAACCUAGAUCUAAUUCAACUGAUCAAUAUCAAGCCAAUGAAACUAAUAAACCUGUGCAUGAUCAGCCUGCUAACCUUUCUUCAACGCCUUCUAAUAGUAAGACAAAUAGCGUACAUGCGAGUGGUAAAAAUAACAUUGCUGUAUCCUUACAAGUUCCCGUUGGAGGUGGUAAUACACCAAAUCAAAAUACUACUCCCGAGCAUAUAAUUCAGACCGAAACUGGUGGACCUAUUUUAGAUGAGGCCAACGAGGGUUUGUCAACCAGCUCAAAAAAAGGAGAAAAGGAUAGUAUUGGUAGUAUUUUAAGAAAAUUAUCAAAAGAAAUACCUGGCAGUGUUUUAGCUACAGCUUUAGAGGCAGAUCGAUUCCCAUUAGUGGCAAGUCGAUUCCCGCUAGAGGCAAGUCGAUUCCCUAUUAGAGGCAAGUUACAAGCAAUAGUAAAACUUUGUCAAACGAAACUUCCACAACUAAUGUCGCAGUUAGAUUCCAUAGGGUUGGAAUUAUUACUGCCUCAUAUUAUGAUCCUAUUUGAGGAUAACGAAUUAAAAUAUAAGGCGGCAUAUCAUUUAUUUAAUAUUCUUGGCAAACACAUGGGUAUGAAAACUAGCAAUGCAUCUCUUGUUAAACCAAUACUAAAAUUGUUUGAAUCUAAAAUUCCUGUGGAAGAUCAUGUUCAUCUUUUAAACAUUCAUUUUACUAUGAAUCUUAUUAACUAUCUUGGAUUACAAUCAUACAUCGAAAAUUUUCUCCCUUUUUUAAUUGAGUCACUACCUCAUAAUGUCAAAAGUGUCAAUCGACAUCCUCGCCGACCUGGUCCGAAAAGAUCGAACACUGAAAGUCCUCUACAAAGUAGUUCAUCCUCUAGAAAAUCUAGCGCUUCACGGAAAACUAAAUUUCGACGCAAUUCAAUAGCUAUAGAUUACGUAUCAUACCUAAGUGGUAGUAACAAAAAAAAUCGACCACCAAGUGAUACUGUAAGAAAACACAGCGAAGAAGAGGGACCAGACAGAUCCUCUUUGGAACUGCAAGUCACUGAAGAACCACCAAAUCGAGGAAUCUCUGAUACAUUAACAGUUCCCUCGGAUCCAAAAAUUGUUGACAGUGACGAUGGAAUGCUCUUUAGGUCACAUAGUUUCUCUGGUAGCGAAAGAGAUAAGCAUAAAUCCACUCAAAAUGAAAAGUAUCACGUAGAUAGUAGAGCUUCGGAUGGAGACAGCAGAAAAUCUAGUAGUCUUUCUAAUAACGCAAAAAACAUUACUGAAUCUAAAGUAUGUCAAGCUGCUGUCGAAACACUUAAAGAAAUAAUUCCUUUUAUGGGCCCAAUUCUUACGGGCAGAUAUAUUGCAAAUCAAGCGCUGAGACUGCUACCAUCAGGCUACGUAUGGAGCGAUACUACAGAUACGUAUAUACGAUCAAGUAAUGUUAAUGAGACCAUUAAGUACGGAUAUCUGGUAGAUUUGCUAGCCCAUAUCUGUAAAGUGUACGGGCCUUCCGUAUUAUUUCAGCAAUAUGUUCCGGCUAUUGUGUCUGCUAUUAAUAAUGCAAAUGAUAAGCGGUUAAGUUCGAAGAUCGAGGGUGGAUUAAUUGGUUCUAUGCUCUUAUUUAGAGCUUGCCUACCGUACACUAAGAACAAGGAAUUAUUGCAGAAUGUUGAGUCUUUAGCCUUGGUAGUAUUUCAGCCGUUAAUAAAAGUUAUUGCUUCUGGUACAUUAAUGUUUCCUGGUGGUGGUAUUGCUCGAGUUGGUAUAUGCCAAUAUAUGAUCAAUGUGUUACGAUACAUCGGUGAACGAAUAGGCCGAGAUAAUGCUCGUGACUUACUUGCAGAUACUAUACAGCUUUAUUUUUCUUGUUUUGAUCGGGUUCAUUCCAACGAGCAGAAAGGUCUCGAAAAUGGUGAAUCUGUAGAUUACAUUCCUAAUAAAUUAGAGAUAUCAGAACAUAAAGGAAUCGACUAUAUUGCCGACGAAGAUAGUAAAAACUAUGGAUUCUCUGAUUCAUCGGACCAUAACUGUCCAUCGCUUCCACAAUUACAAGUCGUUUUUAAUGCAUCUAUGGCAUAUUAUUCCUAUGUGGGAUUUUGUAAACUUAUCGGAGAUAUUUUUAUUGGAGAAAAUUUAUGUAACCAUGAUUUAAUAUGGCAGUUAGCACUGUCAUAUGAUGAACGACUUGCAAACAAAAACGAUCCCAAUCCAGAUUUGAGUACCACAGAAUCAAAUAGCAGAUAUAUCAUCUCUGUUGAUUACUUAAAUUUAACCGAGAAAGUAGUAUCCUGCGAUGGAGGUGCUGUUCAUGUGUGGGAUGGUGAGACAGGCAAAACUUUACGUGAAAUAAAAUUGCCGGAAAAGCCAGCUUGUUCACUUACAAAAUUACCGUCACCGUCGACAACUCUUAUAAUAGCCUCUAUAGAUGGCAAUUUAAGAUUUAUUGAUACCCGAAGUGGAAAUAUAGUAUAUGACUGGAAAGCGUCGGUUUCGGAUUCUGAUGCUAUUAAAAGUAUCUGUUCUGGUAAUAAUGGAAAUUUUGUGGCUGUCGGAUUUGCCUCUGGUAAAAUAUCAGUAUUAGAUAACAGAACUGGUUUCAUUGAAGCAAGAUGGGAAGCUCAUAGUGGAGAUAUUCUGAGUCUUAAGCCAUUUGGUAGUAGUACGUUUCUAUCAUCAUCCGGAGAUCAUAAAAUCUGUGCAUGGCGAGAAGAUGGUAAAUUGGUUUGCUCAUUACGAGGGCAAACCGAACCGGUACAUACAUUUACAACCUAUAAAGAUCAAAUAUUAUCAAUAUCACAAGCAAAUAAAUUUGGUGUUCACUCGGAAAUGGACGAAAAUGCAACUUAUACAUGUCAUAAGCUGCAUUCAAAUUUCAUGAAAGGCUCGGUGAAGAGUAUUGCUGCCCUUCCACUCACCAAGACGGUAUUGGUUGGAAGUGACAGUGGCGAUAUAGGUCUAAUAGCAUAG